UAAGAAUACCCUGACUGAACACACACACACACACACACACACACAUUUUCUCUCUCUAAAAAAUGGCUAUGUCCAAUUCGAUCUUCUCGUUCCUUCUAUUCCUGUGUCCCUCUCUGUUGAUCAUGGCACGUGCAGACCUGCCCGGAACGUGGGAAGUGGUGGUGGCGAACGCCGGCAUUGCAUCAAUGCACACCGCCGUGACAAGGUUCAACACCGUAGUCCUCCUGGACCGAACCAACAUCGGACCAUCACGCAAAAUGCUCCGAAAAGGCCACUGCCGCAACGACCCGUACGACCCCGUGCUCAAACACGAUUGCUACGCGCACUCCGUGCUCCUCGACCUCCACACCUUUCAAAUCCGCCCCCUCACCAUCCUCACCGACACCUGGUGCUCCUCCGGCCAGUUCCUCCCCGACGGCACUCUCCUCCAAUCCGGCGGCGACCUCGACGGAGUCCGUAAAUUCCGAAAAUUCACACCAUGUAAAUUCACUGAAUUAUGCGAUUGGGAAGAGCUUCAAAACAUGGAAUUAUCGCAAGGACGAUGGUACGCUACCAAUCAGAUUCUUCCUGAUGGUUCGGUUAUCAUCGUUGGCGGCCGCGCUGCUAACAGUGUGGAGUUUUUUCCGCCGAGGCACGGCGGGGCCGUGCAUUUCCCGUUCUUGGCCGAGGCGGAGGAUAAUCAAAUGGAUAAUUUGUACCCCUAUCUCCACCUUCUUCCUAAUGGUAAUCUGUUCAUUUUCGCCAACAAUAAAGCUGUAUUGUAUGAUUUCAAUAAGAAUUUUCUCGUGAGAGACAUUCCUUUGCUCGAGGGCGGCCCGCGGAACUAUCCCUCGGCCGGCUCGUCUGUCAUGCUGCCUUUGGAAGGUGAUUUUUCAACCGCGGUUAUUGUAAUCUGCGGUGGUGCCGAGUACGGCGCCUAUAUCCAAAAAAGUGUCGACACUCCGGCCCACGGGAGCUGCGGCCGGAUCGUGGCCACCCGACCCGACUCUGUUUGGGAAAUGGAGGACAUGCCGUUCGGUCGGAUCAUGGGUGACAUGGUGAUGCUUCCUACUGGAGAAGUUCUUAUCAUCAAUGGAGCUCAAGCUGGUACCCAAGGGUUUGAAAUGGGCUCCAACCCGUGCUUAUACCCGGUUCUAUAUCGACCCGAUCAACCGUUGGGGCUUCGCUUCAUGACUUUAAACCCCGGGUCGGUUCCCAGAAUGUACCACUCCACGGCCAAUCUAUUACCCGACGGUCGGGUCUUGAUCGCCGGAAGCAACCCACAUUACUUCUACAAGUUCGCCGCCGAGUUUCCGACGGAGCUGAGAAUCGAAGCUUUUUCGCCCGAGUACUUGGCCGCGGACAAGGCCAAUAUAAGGCCGGUUCUGGUGGAGUCGCCGGAGACGAUUCGGUACGGCGAGGGAUUCGAUGUGUUUGUGACGGUUUUGCUUCCGGUGGUGGGGGUUGUGGAGGUGAACUUAGCCAGUGCUCCGUUUGCAACGCAUUCGUUUUCGCAGGGGCAGAGGUUGGUGAAGAUGGGAGUCACCAGUGCGUUGCCGGAGAGUGAUGGGAGGUAUAGAAUUGGGUGUACUGCGCCGCCGGAUGGGAGGGUGGCGCCGCCCGGGUGGUAUAUGGUGUUUGCUGUUAACCAGGGUGUGCCUAGUGUGGCUCGUUGGGUUCAGUUGUUCUCCUAAUUUUUCAAAUUUUUAUUUUUCUUUUUCUUUAUUUAUUUUUUUGUUUUCUCUCUGGAAUUAGUUAUGAAAGUGUUGAUAAAACACAUUUUUUAGCAGUUUGUUUCAUGAAAUUAACUGAAAAGUGGAAAUUGUUUAUUAUAUUUGAUAGUAACAUUUCAAUAA